AUGUCAGGCUACCGUCCAGGCAUGCCAAAUGGCCGUAGAGACGUCGCAGACUCACUCGAUGCAGCUCUUGACAAAUUCUCCUUCACCAAGAACCAGCUAUUUGACGAUUCACCCAGCAAGUCGGAAUUUGACCAAUUCGGCGACUUCACGGGCACGCGCUCGCAGUUUGCAUCGUCUGGUAAUCCGCAUUUGCAGCGGCAGCAGGAAUUGCGGUUCAGUGGAACGCGUAGUGAUAGUGGGUUGAGCUUGGAGCGCGGUAUGGCGCAGGAUCCUGCGUUUGAUCAAUCUGCCAUGAGCCUCAAGUCGCGUGGGCCAUCGCUCUCAACCUUGUCGAGUCUCUCUGCGCAUGAUUCACCGCGUAAAGCACAUUCUGAGAGUGGAUUCAGUAUGCGGUCGCAAACCAUUCAUCACAACAACACACAAGCUCAUCGCUUCACGCCGAUGAGUGUGCGGAAAGUCACGGCCUUGGGUCCUCAUGCCAGCGAGUCGGAGGCUUCUCCCUCUCGACGCUACAGAGACGCACAAACACCGUACUCGGCGCGUUUCCCGGCAUCCACGCGUAAAGUCUCCCCAAAGACCUUCAAAACUGCUGCUUCCCUCUUUAAAGAUCUUGGUUUGGCCGAAUCGCCGCAGGUGGAUGACAAGACGCAGCCUGGACAAUCCUUCCGAUUGCCACGCGACUUGCCGGACUUGUCGACAUUGCUCACGUCUACACGCAAGCCAGAACACAAGACACUUGAAAGUAUUCCCGUUUCUGAAGACAACCGCAAGCUGUUUGUUGCCUUGCAAGCGAUGCAAGACCAUGUCACCUCAUUGGAACAACAACUCGGACACGCUCAAGCACAACUCAAAUCUGCCAACGCACAGCAAAAGACGCAUGCGGCGGCCUUGGCUGCGGAGCGUGAACGUGCCACAUUUGCCGAAGCAGAACUGAAGGUUGCCUUGCAGGAUAAUAAACCCAUCAAGCAGUCUGAAGACCUGCAUCGUUCCCUUGAACAGCAAAAUACGCGUCUUAUGGGACAGUUGUCGGAGGCAAAAGGACAAUUGCAGGUGUUGCAGGCACGCGUUGAGCAAGUCCUGGAGGAGUGUAAAGCGAUUGAGGAGGAACGCGAUGAAGCCAUUUCACGGCUUGCGCAGGCACUUGAGAAGAUUGACGCCUUGCAAAGUCAAGUGAAGCCAAAUCAGUCAGCACCAGCACCAGCUAAACCUGCUCGGCCAUCCGCUUCUGAUCGCAUCACGGAGCGGUUGCAGCAAGUCAAGCAGACUCGGCCUGUUGAGGAGUACACGGAUGAAGCGAUUGAAGUCAGCAAGAGCGUUUUGGACGAAGCUGAAGUGCGUGAAUUAACGCAAGAGAUUCACCAAGUGCGUCAAGAGCAUCAGCAGAAGCAGCAGCGGCACGCACAAGGACAACAGCAGAAGAAGAAGUCGGCUGCCCGCCAAAAACUCAAGAAACGGGUGAAGCCUGUUCCUGUUGUGAUUGUUGAGAGUGUCCUUGAGUCUGAGUCUGAGACUGAGGAGGAGAUGCUCUCGGAGAGCGAGUCUGACUUGUCUGAGGCUGACUUGACCACAGACGAGGCCGAGUACCUCGACACGGAAGAGCCCACGCGCAUUUUGCAGCGUAAAACGCGGUCUCGCACACAGCAUGCACAAGGGAAGCAGAGCAAAGUAUCAAGCAAGACAAAACAGGAAGAGGCAGCGGCCUUGCAAGCACAAGUCGAGCAAGUCAUCAAGGAUCUCUCACGUCACGACGCGGCACGUUGUACCAUUUGCUCCAAGAAGCGUCAGGAGCAACAACCCUCAAAGAAGGAGUCAAAGACGCACAUGCGUAGUGACGGCGAUGCAACACUGCGACCCAGCCAGCCGCCCAUGGAAGCACUAUCGAGUGUCCUCGCUGCACUACAAGAUGAAUUCCGGCACUUGAAGCUAGAACAUGCACGUCUCGCUGAACAAUACAAGGACCUCAAUCCUGAACUCGGCAAAAGGCAACGAAAGCAAUUGGCUCAAGGACUACGAACAUGUAUCGAGCAGCUUGAAGCGAAAGCGGAUCAGAUAUACAGUGUGUUUGAUGUGGUUGAGGCAGCUGGACAGGGAGACUUGUUUAUGAAUGCCACUGGAGCCAGUCGGUCUGUGCCGCAGACUGCAACGACGACAGCUGCUGCUGCUCAUGGAAGUGUUGGUCGUCCGCCAUGGUUGACGACGUAA